AUGGCGAAUGUUGCUGCUGCCGCUGCUGCUGCCGCCGCCGCUGCAGCUGCUGCGAGAGACCCGGCAGUGGACCGGUCUCUGAGAUCCGUGUUUGUUGGAAACAUUCCAUAUGAAGCCACAGAGGAACAACUUAAGGAUAUAUUUUCUGAAGUUGGACUUGUGGUCAGUUUCAGGUUGGUGUAUGACAGAGAAACGGGAAAGCCAAAGGGCUAUGGCUUCUGCGAGUACCAGGAUCAGGAGACGGCGCUCAGUGCUAUGCGCAACUUAAAUGGAAGAGAAUUCAGCGGUCGUGCACUACGGGUUGACAAUGCAGCAAGUGAAAAGAAUAAAGAGGAACUCAAAAGCUUGGGCACAGGAGCUCCUAUCAUCGAGUCUCCAUAUGGGGAUAGCGUACAGCCAGAGGAAGCCCCAGAAUCUAUUAGCCGAGCUGUGGCCAGUCUACCACCAGAACAAAUGUUUGAACUAAUGAAACAGAUGAAGCUGUGUGUGCAAAAUAGUCCACAAGAGGCCAGAAAUAUGUUGCUUCAAAAUCCCCAGUUGGCUUAUGCUUUGCUACAGGCCCAAGUUGUUAUGCGCAUAGUCGACCCAGAGAUUGCAUUGAAAAUGCUUCAUCGUCAAACUACAGUCCAGCCUCUAGUUCAAAGUGGACAAGGUGGAGCAGCGGCGGUAGGAAACCCUCCUCCAGCUCAGACCAACGCACCAGUCCCACAGCCGCAGCCGGGGCCUGGGAUGCAUGUCAAUGGGGCUCCUCAAAUGAUGCAGCCUCCUAAUAUGGGUGUGGCUCCUGGCCCCAUGCCUGGACCUGGUUCUGGCCCCGGCCCUGGGCCUGCACCUGUCGGCCCUCCAGGAAAUCUGCAGCAUUCCCCUACGAGAUCAUCCAGCUCUGCUGCUGUCGAGCGACCACAAGGACCAGGUGGUAUUCCUCCAAGAGGUCUUUUAGGAGAUGGUCCCAAUGACCCCAGAGGGGGAAGUCUCUUGUCAGUCACUGGAGAGGUGAUCGAUCCCAAUCGAGGAUACAUGGGAGCCCCACCUCAACUUCAAGCACCACCUGUACACAUGGGCCAGAUGGGAACUGGACCCCCUCCUGAUAUGAGAGGACCUCCAAUGGACAUGAGAGGUCCUCCUAUGGGUGAACCACGGAAUAUGAUGGGUGACCCCCGUGGGCCCCCAAUGAUGGAGCCUCGUGGACCUCCAAUGGAGACGAGAGGUCGUGAUCCCAGAGCAAUGGAUGCUCGUGUGCCUGUGGGCAACCAGAGGGUCCCUAUGGCUGGGGGCAUGCCAGGUCCUGUUCCCCAUAGCAUGGGUCCAAAUGUCCCCCCACCUGUGAGACCAGCAGGUGGAGGCUUUAGCCCUGGACAGGCCCCCGUUUCAUCUCAAGACCAAGAGAAGGCUGCUCUCAUUAUGCAAGUGCUGCAGCUCACCCCAGAACAGAUCGCCAUGCUGCCCCCAGAGCAGCGACAGAGCAUCCUCAUUCUGAAGGAGCAGAUUCAGAAGACGGCCAGUGGAGCUCCUUAA